CUGGCACUGGCAGAGUGGUUCAGCCCGAUACGGAAUAGUGGAACUUGUGGACAGAAGAAGUCAACUCAGGGGAGGACAUUGCUUAUCUUAUCGCAGUGGAGAGUGCAAACCUCGGGUUGUCAGCUUGUGUCUGAGCUCCUUGGCUCCAAGCUCCUUGGCUCCUCGGUCCCUUGCAUCAUCAUCCCCGCCUGUGCUCGGCGUCGCGCAUUUCGUGUUCUGCACCAGCGACCAGCAGCCAGCGCUUCGAGAUCCUUCUACGACCGUCCGCUUCGACAUAUUUUGGAAAGAGAAAAGACAGUCAAGGCAUUGCAGCAUUGCAGCAUCGCCAGCCGGACAGGCACCAUGUCGUGGCCGAGCGACGGAGACCCGGCGUCGGGCUCCCCGGCGCAGGAUGACCAACAUCAGCCGAUUACCAUCGCCUCCCUGGGAACCUUCGACCCUAAUGGCCACCUGGUAUCAUUCACGCGCGAGAACCAGGAGCAGGCUCUCCGCUUGCUCACCGUCCCUUUCGAGAGCCUCCCGAGGCUACCCGCCUUCGCGCCCCUCUUCGGCUACACGACCGAGUGGCAAAAGAACCGCGUUGCUCUGACUCUAGCCGAGAUGUCGGGCGGCGCGCAACGCGUGGUGAUGCCCUUGGAAGCGGAAGCGAUUGCCUUCCACGCCUCCAAGCGGUGCUCCAAAAUGACCUGGAUCCCCCCAACGACCCUGGCGAUCGCCGCCUACUUUACCCAAGCCGGCCGCACGACAUUCCGCUUCCCAUUUUAUACACCCGGGGCGUCGUUCAGCCCGACAUACUUCCCCAGCCGCUCGAUGCCGUUUCUCAAAGGCACACCGGCCGCGCGCGCGUGGCACGUGGUGCGCUUCGGUGCCUACGGCACUUUGUCCUACAUCAUGGUCCGUGGCUUCAUUUACUCGUUUGCACAGUCGAGCUUCGUGGUGGGCAUACUCAAGGACGAACGGCUCCACACGCUCCGCGAAAGCGUCUUCGCCAAGAGGAGAGAACAACUCGAGAAGGGUGGGGUACCGAUGGGGGCGUCCCGGCGGGGAGCAGACAACGAAGCUCAAGGAACUUCUGCGCAGAGGUGGCAGCCGCGAGUAGGACAAGUACAAGCGCAGACGCCACGAGCCGCUCCGCCGCCACAGGAUGCGCCACAGGGCGAUGACUUGUUCCUGUUUGACGACGCCUCCCCUGUUGCGCCGUCUCAGCAACAGCCAAGCCCACGUCCUUCAGGGACUACCACAUCGGCGUCCAGCGAAGGAAGCGCCUGGGAAAGGAUCAGACAGCAAGCCAGGGCGGAAGCGAGCGUGUGGAAUCGAGGGGACCAGCAGGACGGCGAGGCGCCGGGCGGCCGGCGGAGGACGGAGCAGUAUACCUAUGUGCCGGGCGAGCAAAAGACGGCGACUGCGAGGGAACAGGCACAAAGGGAAUUUGACGCCAUGCUGGAGCGAGAGCGGCGCGGCGAAGGCAACGGGGGCGGGCGUAUGUGAUUGGCUUGGUUUCCCAUGCUGAAUGUAUGAGUGUAUUCCGUAGUUCUUCGCAUCUUCUGGCCGUGCCAGCAGCCUUCUAUUAUUCCCUUGAGAUCACAGAGCACACUCCCCCUGUUCUGUGGGCGACAACCAGACCACGUGGGGGAAGUGCGAGCCGACGAAUUGCGUCGACCCUUC